AUGGCCAUGACUGAAAAAGUAUUCGAUUCGGCGAUGAGUUCAUUCACUGUAGACGUUCUAGUUUUCAAUGUUCAGAUUGAGAUGUUUAUGCAUAUAGCGUGGCGGUUUGAAUGCUCCCUUGCCGGCAGUUGUGAUCUCGCUAUGCAAGUGCGCAGCAGCAGCUACAGAAUUUUUACAGAUGGCUUCAGCGACUACAUCGGAUUCGUGGCUCAUGUGGCUAUGAUUCCGUUGGUUCUCAUUAUGUGGGCCAUUGAGGCAUCUAAGUUCGAUUUCCGCCGCUGUGGCUCGAGAUACUUGUCCAAGUGGGGUUCACUCCUGGACCUCCUCUCGAUCACUCUCUGCACGGUUUCCCUUGUGUUCUUUUGGACGAUGUGGUUUCAGAGUCCUUGGACAGGUUUUGACUUUGCGGAACUCUUCGACCCUGCAACGCAAGAGCAGGCGUAUAAUGUCAUAGUGGACCAGUGUUCUCGAAGCGAGGAGUUCAGAUUUCUUGCAGCUGUCAACGUGCUUGUGGUGUUCCUGCGGAUGGUCGGCGUCGUUGCGGCGCUGGGAACGAAUCUCGGGCUCUUUCUUAAGGUCCUCGAGGCGUCUUGUGCUAAUAUGGUGGCUUUCUCCGUUAUGUUUCUGCUCGUUGUCAUUGGAAUGGUGUUCUUUAUCUUCUUUAUAUUUGGAUCCCGAGCUUACCAGGCCUCCAGUCUAGCACGAGCCUUGUAUUUCCUACUAUCUGGUCUUGUCGGUUCGCCUGUGUACAGUGCCCUUGUUGAUGUAGAUACGAUGAUGGCCGACAUAUUCUACCCAGUGUAUACUGUGUUCUACCUCACUAUGCUCAAUGUGUUCAUAUCUGUGCUAAUGAGUGGAUACGACGUAGAAGUUGACAAGUUCGACAAACAGUUGAAGGCAGGUGGCAUAGGUAACGAGUCGUUGAUGUCUCAAUUCAAACGUGAAGUGCACGACAAUCUCUGGAAACCUGUCCAACCGUGCUUCUCGUGCGUCUGGUCUUGCAUUGGCCCUUGCGUCAAGGAGUUCGCUUGCUGUAACCCACAGGACUUGUUGAAGUGGUGCUGGAACGCACCUGCACGACCCCCAAGCAUAGACGAAUCAGUACGCUCCGUUUCUGGAGUUUCAUCAUUCUUAGAGCCAUCAGGGACGGUCAGCCACGCGACCUCUAACUUUGGGACUGUAAGCCACGAUACUUCCGCCACCGACUUAAGGCUUGGAAGUUCGAUGAGAGCCAGUGGCCAGGUGGAUGUCGCCGAGUGCGUUCUCGUAUCGACCCUGAUGGCCGCGUUUCUGUCCUUCUUGCAGUUGCAGUCCCGCAACAUGUCCAGUUUCGAAGCAACGCAGGUGACGAUGAUGUCGCUCGAGACGGAGCUGCACUGGGAAGCAGACGGGCCCUACCGCAUUGAGAACUACAGCACCGUCUUCACAAUGGAGGGGGUCGGGAGAUGGGGGCACGCCGCCUGCGGGGCGCUCUACGAGCCAGCGAGCGAGCAGACCUGCUCGGUCGAGACGGAGGGCGAGUACCAGUGGGACCUUCGUGGGCGCUCCUGCGACAGCUCCGAGGGCAAUCAGCAAGUCGUUCAACGUAUAGGCAAUUGGAACAUUGGUUUCCUCAGCAACACAUUCGUGCGGAUGACCGUCCAGCCGGCAUGCUACAUCAAGAAUGCGGAGUUGCUGUUGAAUGUGGGAGAUACCCCAGUACGGGCAACCCCCAACAUUGAGUGUGCGAACGAGGAUUGCCAAAGAGUCUUGACGGAAGAGUCCUGCAGGACUGCAUGGGGCACCGACCUUUCCAAGGAGGGCGUCAGCAAGUUCGAUUUAGCGGACGAGAGCGUAAAGUACGCAGAUUCAGACACGGAGUUGGGCUCUCACGGGUUGCUAGGAGGUUUUGUGUUCAACCUCGGCACCAACCAGCGGGAGUGCGAGGACAUGAUCGCCACGGCGUCGGACCAGAAGUGGUUUACAAAGAAUGCCGCAUCGAUCGUCUUCGAUUGGGUCACAUACAACGGUAACCUGGACACGUUCUCGUUUCACACCGCCGCGUUCAGCCUGAUGGAGACUGGAGUGCUGAAAAAGUCGCUGAACGCCGUAACCUUCAACAUGAAUUACACCGAUGGAGGCGGACCGUUCCGCACCGCGCGCCUCGCGAUCCUCGUGCUCUUCGCCCUCUACGCGCUCCUCGUGCUCGUGGCGUCUUUGCUGCUGCUCCGGGACCUGGUCCGCACGGUGCGCAGGCGCGUGCACGACCCCUCGGGCCGCGUUGCGUGGUGGAAGAUCUGGUUCUCCAACAUCUGGAACCUCACAGACACGAUAUCUCUGGCUCUGUCAUUGGUCAACAUUAUACACAUUGCAUUCUACCUCAGAAUUGAGUUUGUGAGGAAGUAUGUGUUCAGCCUGAAUGAACUCGAGAAGUACGCUGUCCCAGCUGAGUACGAGCAAGAGUUUCAGCUGGCGAAUGCCUCGGACCCAGCGCGGCCUCUCCAGGACGACUACUACUAUCCACGGUGCCGGACUUCUAUGAAUUCGAGAGGGUGA